GUUUCUAUAUAUGGAGCGCAUAUCUCCAAAUACUGGCCACCACAAGAAUACUCAUUGGAUCUGAUCGAGCCAAACAUGUUUCAAUGGAGCAUGUCAAAAAUGCACAUACGAGCUGCUGGCGAAUUCCAAGCUUCACUUACAAAUCCACUAUUGCUAGCCGUACCAAUAAAUGGAUACUUCGAAGCAUUGUUGGGUCACGUUGCUUUAACGAUUUCGGUGCAACUGCAGAGUAAGUUGAAUGUUGCUUCAAAUCAAUCGAUAUGUUACCAUUACUCCCUGUUUUGCCGUUACUCGGUACUUAACAAACUGGAGGCUCUUAAUUUCGUGCAAGUUGCUAACGGACAACCUUACAAUGAAAUUCCUUAG